UUCUCAGAUGUGAAAGUUAGCUAACCCGAGAGCUGGAUAAUUGUGCAAAAAGAGAAGGGAGUGGCUCUCAGACAGUCACAGAACAACCAUGUUUGAUGGCUAAUUAGGCAUGAAAAACCAUAUUUAGUAUUUCAUACGUCCUGCCUCUUCUACAUGCCCAUUUUCUCACUAGCCCACCCUUCCACAUGGAUGGAAAAGCAGAUGUGAGGGCCCUCAUGGCGAAAUUCAACACCGGGGACACCGUGACCGAAGAGGUCUCGGGUACCAGUCGACCCUUCCGAGUCCCCGGCCAGAACUCGCCUUCCGGGAUCCAGGCAAAGAAGAACUUAUUCAACAGCCCGGGAAAUGGCAGCCCCCCGCCAGGACACGGCAGCCUUCCUAAAUUUGGGUCCCCAAAGCCACCUUUGGGGGCGAAACCUUCUGAGGAAAAGAUGAGCAAGGACCCCAAACCCCCAUUUUUAAAGCCAACUGGAGUGGGCCAAAGAUUCGGGACUCCAGCGAACGUGGCCGCCAGAGACCCUGAGGUGAAGGCUGGAUUUCCGAAACCUGUGGGCCCCAAGCCCCUCAGCGGGCCCAAGGAAGAGCCCAAGGCCACGUUUCCCCGGUCUCCGGGGAGUAAGCCGCCCCUGCACACCCUAAACCAAGACCGUGACUUGAAGCCCGGGCUUCCUCCUCCCCCUGCUCCAGCCUCAGAAAAUGAACAGAAGCAAGUGUUCCCGAAGCUGGCUGGGGUCAAAGGCAAGUUUAUGGCAGCCUCCCAGGACCUAGACCCCAAGCCCCCCUUCCCCAAGCCCACCUUCGGCCAGAAGCCGGCCCCGAGUGCCGAGGACGUGCGUGAAGACGAGAGUCCCAGUCGGAGUGUGUCCUCCCAGAAGGGACCGCCGGCUCCCCCGGGAGCCAAAUCCAAAAUCAAACCCGCAAGGGAGGACCCCGAGAGCAAAGACCAUGGGAGUGACCCGUCCAGCUCCUCUUUCCCUGGCGUGGUUCUGAAACCUGCGGCCAGCAGAGGCGGCCCGGGCCUCUCCAAAGCUGGCGAGGACAAAAAGGAAGAUCGGAAGAUAGAUGCUGCUAAGAACGUCUUCCUGGGCAAAGUGAGUCAGGAGGAGUCGGGCCCGGGGGCUCCUCCUGCCAAGUUCCCCAAGGCGCCUUCCAAGCUGCCGGUGGGGGGGCCGUGGGGCCAAAGUCAAGAGAAGGAAAAGGGAGAGAAGAACGCAGCCGCCCCAAAGCGGAAGCCACUGCCGCCACUAUUUACCUUGGGUCCACCUCCGCCAAAACCCAACCGACCACCACACGUUGACCUGACGAAGUUCCGAAAAGCUGCUUCUAGAAACAAUGCCAACAAAGGCCAGACGCCUUACUCAACAGCGUCCCUGCCACCACCUCCACCAUCCCAUCCAACCAGCCAACCACCCUUGCCAGCAUCUCACCCAACACAACCGCCAGUCCCAAGCCUACCUCCCAGAAACAUUAAGCCUCCAUUGGACCUAAAAGGUUUUGUAAAUGAAGAGAAUCAAGAUGGUGCCAUGAACACUGAUGGUCCUGGAAACAUAGAAGAGGAACAAGAGAGUGAAGGAGAAACAUAUGAAGACAUAGAAGCAUCCAAGGAACGAGAGAAGAAGAGGGAAAAGGAGGAAAAGAAGAGACUAGAGCUGGAGAAAAAGGAGCAGAAAGAGAAAGAAAAGAAAGAACAGGAGAUAAAGAAGAAAUUUAAACUGACAGGCCCUAUUCAAGUCAUCCACCAGGCAAAGGCCUGCUGUGAUGUCAGAGGAGGGAAGAAUGAACUGAGCUGCAAGCAAGGGGAGCAAAUUGAAAUCAUCCGCCUCACCGACAACCCUGAAGGAAAAUGGUUGGGCAGAACCUCCAAGGGCUCGUAUGGCUAUAUUAAAACAACCGCUGUAGAGAUUGACUACGAUUCUUUGAAACGCAAAAAGUCCUCUCUUGGUGCUGCUCUUUCAUCAAGACCUAUUGAAGAGGACCAAGAAGUAUAUGACGAUGUUGCAGAGCAAGAUGACGUUAGCAGCCACAGUCAGAGUGGAAGUGGAGGGAUGUUCCCACCACCUCCCGAUGACGACGACAUUUAUGAUGGGAUAGAAGAGGAGGAUGCUGGCGAGGGCUCUAUGCUACAGGUUGAAGAGAAGAGUAACAUGUGGCCCUGGGGCAUUUUGAAGAUGUUAAAGGGAAAAGAUGACAAAAAGAAAAGUUUACGAGAGAAACCUAAAGUCUCUGAGUCAGAAACUAAUGAAGGUUCAUCUUUCCCUUCUCCUCCUAAACAAUUGGAGAUCGGAGAUGAAGUUUAUGAUGAUGUGGAUGCUUCAGAUUUCCCAGCGCCAUCAGCAGAGUUGAGUCAAGGAAUGAAUAUUGGAAAGACCAAGACAGAAGAAAAAGACCCUAAGAAGUUAAAAAAGCAGGAAAAGGAAGAAAAAGACUUCAGGAAAAAAUUUAAAUAUGAUGGUGAAAUUAGAGUCUUAUAUUCAACCAAGGUUGUACCUUCCUUAACUUCUAAGAAGUGGGGGACCAGAGACCUACAGAUAAAACCUGGUGAAUCUCUUGAAGUUCUGCAAAACACAGAUGACACAAAAGUUCUCUGCAGGAAUGAAGAAGGAAAAUAUGGUUAUGUGCUUCGGAGUUACCUGGUUGACAACGAUGGAGAGAUCUAUGACGAUAUUGCUGAUGGUUGUAUCUAUGAUAAUGACUAGGCUCAGCUUUGGUCUUUCUGCUGUGUCCCCUAGUUGCCAAGAUGAAGGUGGAGUCUCCACUGGAAACCAUUGUUGGGUAUCAUAGAAAAUGAAUGCACAAAACCACUUGUACUGUUUGUUGUGAAUUUCUGAUUACCCCUAGAAAGUUUUGAAAUGUUGAACUUAGAAAAUGGUCUUUCUGCUUAAUAUCUCAGAAGACUGCAUCAGUGACAUGUAAGAAUUAGAAAAUAACCCAUUUCUGCUCUGGCCGUGAUUAUGAAGAUAUUACUUUUAGGCUGUCAAUGGAAGAUGUCUUCUCCUCUUCAAAAAAGAGUGAAAAAAUGAGAUCACUGCAGAAAAAAACAUGACUAUACUGUCUAAAAAACAACCCUAAGGAAGAAAAAUAAAGAAUCUGGGGAAGGAAAUUGUAAAACAUUCCGCAAGAAGAAAGCUAUUGUUUGUAUCUCUAAAUAUGAAAGCAUAUUAUAUUUUCUAUUCAAAUGAUCUAUCUUGUUAAAAGGCAGAGCUGUUAAAUAUUUUUUGAAAAUUAUUGUAAUAGUGAAACUUUUGUAUAAAGUUUGUUUCUAUUUGGCAAUUGUGACUAUGUGGUAACCCAUGAGAAUGUAAUGCAUUCAGUGUGCACAUCUAACAUUAAACUACAGAAGUUUC